CCCACUGCCGACCAAAAUACGCAGGCGGAACUAUGCUUAAGCAUUCAAGUGUCGAAUCCAAAAACAAGAAGAAUACCACCAAAAAGUCGGGUCCAGAUGCCAUAUCCAUGAAGCUCAAGGCUCCAAAAGCCAACCCUUUCGAGACCAUUUGGUUCCGUCGGAAGUUCGACAUACUCGGCAAGAAACGCAAAGGUGAAGAACGUCGCAUCGGCCUUGCUCGUUCCCUAGCCAUCCAAAAGAGGAAGAAAACGUUGCUGAAAGAGUACGAGCAAAGUACAAAGUCUUCUGUUUUUGUUGAUAAGCGAAUUGGGGAACAAAACGAUGACUUGGGAGAGUUUGAGAAGGGUAUCUUGCGGUCUCAACGUGAACUUCAGUUGAAAUUGGGCAAAAAGAGCAAGUUCAAUUUAUCAGAUGGAGAAGAAGAUGAGUUUGAUGCUCCAGAUUUUGGUUCCCUCCCAGAGAGGGAUGAUUUUGAGGACGAAAUGCUGUCCGAUAAUGAUAAUGAAGCUGAUGAAAAACGACCUGCCAUCUUAAAGCAACUUAAUGCACAUGGUGCACAAAAUUCGUCUGAAGGGGGUUUGAUGAAAGGAGAAGAAAAUAAGCACAAAUCGAAGAAGGAAAUAAUGGAGGAUGUUAUUUUGAAGAGCAAGUUUUUCAAGGCGCAAAAGGCAAGAGAUAAAGAAGAAAACGAGCAACUGAUGGAAGAACUGGAUAAGAACUUCACAUCCUUAGUGCAGUCGCAGGUCUUAUUGUCCCUAACCGAGCCAGGCAAGAUGAAUGCCUUGAAAGCUCUUGUGAGCAAGAGCGUUCCAGAUGAGCAUGUGAAAAAGGAAGAGUUACCCAUUGCACAGAUAGCUGAAACUUCUAAGCAGGAACAACCUGACUCAUAUGAUAAACUUGUCAAUGAGAUGGUAUUGGAUAUGCGUGCUCGGCCAUCAGACAGGACAAAGACACCUGAGGAGAUUGCUCAAGAGGAGAGGGAGCGAUUAGAGCAAUUAGAGGAGAAACGUCAAAAGAGGAUGUUAGCGACGGAUUACUCUAGUGAUGAAGAUGGUGAAAAUGCUGGGAAAGAUUCUGUCCAGAGGCCAAGGGCUAUCUCGGGAGAUGAUCUUGGUGAUUCCUUUGCACUUUAUGAGGAGCAUGGUAGUAAAAAGGGUUGGGUUGAUGAGAUUCUUGAAAGAGAAGAUGCAGACGAUUCCGAGGAUGAAGAUGAGGAUUCUUCUGAAGAUUCAGAAGGGGCUGAAGAUACCGACGAAGAUAAAGGAUCUGAUGAAGACGAAGAAAAUGAGCGUGAAAAGAUUCUCUCUCUGAAGGACUGGGAGCGGAGUGAUGAUGAUGAUGUUGAUACAGAUUUGGAUGAGGAUGAUGAUGAGGCCAUUGGUGAUGAAUAUGUGGAGAAAAGAGGCCGUAAAUCAAACAAAAUUGAACAUAGGAAAAAAGAUGAGUCUGUGGAUGCCAAAAGAAUCAAGUCCAGUGUCAAACAUACUUCAACUAAACUGGACAUUCCCUUUAUAAUUGAAGCUCCAAAGAGCUUAGAUGAGCUGUCUUCUUUAUUAUCGAGUUGUUCUAAUGACGAUGUUAUUGUGAUUAUAAAUAGAAUUCGGGCAAGCAAUGCAAUUAAGCUUGCUGCAGAAAAUCGGAAGAAAAUGCAAGUGUUUUAUGGUGUUCUUUUGCAAUAUUUUGCUCUGUUAGCAAAUAAGAAGCCCUUGAAUUUUGAGUUAUCGAAUUUGCUUGUCAAGCCACUAAUGGAGAUGAGUAUGGAGAUUCCAUUUUUCUCUGCCAUAUGUGCUCGCGAACGAAUUUUACGAACGCGUAUGCAAUUUUGUGAGGCUCUCAAGAACCAAGAAAAUGGAUGCUGGCCUACCUUGAAAACUUUGUUUCUCCUGAGGUUAUGGUCCAUGAUUUUUCCAUGCUCUGACUAUCGUCACGUAGUAACUACUCCAGCACUGUUACUAAUGUGCGAGUAUUUGAUGCGUUGUCCCAUAAUGUCAGGUCGAGAUGUCGCCAUUGGUUCAUUUUUAUGUUCCAUGAUUCUUAUGUUCACCAAACAAUCUCAAAAGUUCUGUCCGGAAGCUAUUAUGUGCCUCCGAACUCUGUUGAUGGCAGCGACAGACAAAAAUCUAGCAUCCGAGCAAGAUUCACAGUUUUAUCAUCUUAUGGAGCUGAAAGCACUCAGGCCACUGUUACACAUACGUGAUGGUGUGGAUGAUAUUAAUCCUCUGAAUAUCCUCAUGGUAAUGGAAAUGUCAGAUGACUCAUCAUUUUGCAGCUCAGAUAAUUUUAGGGCUAGUGCACUGGUGACUAUUAUUGAAACUUUGAGGGGAUUUGUUGAGAUCUAUGAUGGGUUGAGUUCCUUCCCUGAAAUUUUCUUGCCGGUUGCAACAUUGCUACAAGAAGUUUCACGACAGAAACACAUGCCGGAUGCAUUGAAAGAUAAAUUUAAUGAUGUUUCUCAACUCAUUAAGAAGAAAGCCGAGGAAGCUCAUACACUGCGAAGACCACUUCAGAUGCGCAAGCAGAAGCCAGUGCCUAUCAAAUUAGUUAAUCCAAAAUUCGAGGAGAACUUUGUUAAGGGUAGAGACUAUGAUCCAGAUCGAGAACGAGCUGAGAGAAAAAAGUUACGAAAGCUGGUAAACCGUGAAGCUAAAGGCGCAGUGCGAGAGUUGCGGAAGGACAACUAUUUCUUAUAUGAAGUAAAGCAAAGAGACAAGGAAUUAGUGGAACAGGAAAGAGCAGCCAAAUACGGAAGGGCCAUAGCUUUUCUCCAAGAACAAGAACAUGCCUUCAAAUCUGGACAAUUAGGUAAAGGUAGUAGGAAAAGGAAGAGAUGAAGCUAUAGGUUACCUUGUAAUGCUAGUGUUGCUUGAAUUUUCUCAUCAAAUUUAUAGGCAUGUAGCAUAGAAUUUUAGGAUUCUUGAUGGUGGUUUAGUUGGAUU